AUGCCUCCAGGACCGAUGUGCAAAGACUACAAGAACUGCUCCCUUCCUACAGAGAAACAGACUGCCGCUCACAAGCUACGCUCUCAUGCCGCCCCAAAGGUCCCGUUUGUGAACCCUUCGACCCACAUCAUGGUUGAUGUGGAGAGAGACCCCACGUAUGAUAUGUAUUAUGUGUGCACCAGUGAUGAAUGUCCCUACAAGUCUUUCCUCUCCUCGAACCCACGAGCGCACUUUCGUGAGUGCAAAUUCGUCCUGCAGGACCACCAGCGAAAAUAUCCUUGGCUAUUCAAAAGCUCUUCCGAUCCUUCGGGUCUUUCAGGUUCCUCACGUCGCUACACGCGCAUAAAACCAAUUGGCAACGCCACUGCGGACACAGCAGCAGCAGCAAGCAGUGGAGCAAAUGCUAGAGAACUUGACUUCCAUUACCAAGCGACUGCAAGGGAUGGACGAGAAGCUCAUUCACUUCGCAAACGAUCUGGAUGGACGAGUCAAGAGCACGGGGUCAUGAGCAACCGCAACAGCCAACAUGGAGAAGCAUUUGGACGAGAGGGUCAUAUCAUUAUCAGAGCGAGUCAAGAACACGAAGGAGCACCAUUCAUCAUAUCAGGUUUAUCAGAAGCUAGCUCAGUCUACUCCGCCUGCACUCGAGACACCCCUUCCCUGUCCAUCGACUCUCAGAAUCUGCCGGCUGACAGUGACGAGGAACAUGAGAUUAAGGCUACCAUCACUGAGAACAUCAUGGGUGAGGUGGCGGACCAAGACUAG